AUGGUCCAUGUCUUCACCAAUCGGUACGAUGGCACGCUCCUCAAAAGCCCUUCGCCUAGCCAUUGCAAGCAACCUUUCCAAGGCUGCCAGGCCUUCCUUUACACGGGCCGCCGGGUUGCUAUUGGACCUGGCGGGCUAAGCGUGCCCGUCGCCAUCCUCCUGUUCCCGCCAUGCACGGGAGUCGCGAUCACGGCUGCUGCAGUGCGGAUAACCACGGCAGCCAUUUUGUGCAUAGCAAGAUCACACAAACAGCAACAAGCUGAAAAGCCAUAUUGGAUUAAUGAGUACACAUCCACACUUGGAAUAGGGGUUUUUCAUUCUGGUAUUGAGAUCUAUGGAAGAGAGUAUGCCUACGGUGGCCAUCCUUACUCUUUCAGUGGAAUAUUUGAGAUCACUCCCGGAAAUGCUACUGAGUUGGGAGAAACCUUUAAAUUCAAAGAGGCCAUCGCCCUUGGCACCACAGACUUCACAGAGGAAGAUGUCGACAAAAUUAUUGAAGAGCUUGGGAAGGAGUUCAAGGGCAAUGCCUACCAUCUCAUGCACAAGAACUGUAACCACUUCUCUGCAGGCCUGGCAGAGAUCCUCUGUGGGAAGGAGAUCCCCCGCUGGGUGAACAGGCUGGCAUACUUUAGUUCCUGCAUCCCAUUCCUCCAGAGUUGCCUUCCCAAGGAAUGGCUCACGCCUGCAGCUCUCCAGAGCCACAUCAGCAGCCAGGGUCUAAAUAAGGACGAUCAGAGUGACACAGGAGAUGAUGAGUCACCUUCGACCUCGACCUCUGCGACCGCGUCAGGAACCACCAGGACCUGCAGACACACCAGAGUCUAA